AUGGAAAACCUCCCACCCUCGGGAUUCGCACAGGAUGCUUCGCAGUACUCCAUGCUGCCAUCAUCUCUAUCAGAAUCAUCUCGCACGGAAAACAGCAACCCCGCCCAAAAUGCCGAUGCGAGCGAUAGUCACUUUGUUCCUCGCCCGAAGCGCAUCGCAUGCGUUGUCUGCCGGCGGAGGAAGCUGAGAUGCGAUGGAAACCGGCCAAGCUGCGGAACAUGCUCGCGCUUGAGUCAUGAUUGCGCUUAUGAUGAAGUGCGCAAGAAGAGUGGACCGAAGCGUGGGUAUGUGAAGCAGCUGGAAGCGCGACUAGCUCAAGUCGAGACACUUCUCAAAGGUCAAGAAUCCGAUAAUGCACAACGAACAUCCCCGCCUCAGCCGCCGGAAAAUGCGUUCACAGGAUCCAUGCACGAUGACUCCCUGCUGUCUUUGCACGACAUCUCUUCCCUGGGGAACGACAUCAGCGCCUCAGUGCCUGCAACUUCAAAUGGACUUGGUACGUCGCAGCUGGGCCAUCCUGUGUUCGAGGGAGUUUCAGGCAUCCCCAGCGACCCGCAGUGGGAUUUGAUCAGCCUGGGCUUGGAAGAGCCUCUACCAGCCCAGGAUGUGAUAGAGGAACUAGACAACAUAUUCUUUGAAAAGAUCUGCCCGAUGCUGCCAAUAAUCCAUCGCCCCCGAUACUAUUCCGCUCUGAACCUCGCCCCUCACAUGCGGCCUCCCAUAUGUCUACGAUACAUGAUGUGGUCCCAUGCUGCUUCCGUUACCGACAAAUACUUCUUUCUACACCACCACUUCUAUCAGCGAUCCCGCAAAUACGCUGAGAUGGACGAGAUGAAAGGAUUCGGAGAGGGGGUGGUCAGCCUGGCACAUUGCCAGACUUGGAUCCUCAUUGGUACCUAUGAAUUUCGCAUGAUUUACUUCCCGCGGGCUUGGUUGAGCGUUGGUAAAGCGACCAGGCUGGCGCUAAUGAUGGGGCUGCAUCGAUUGGACGGUGCCGGUCUAGAUGUCAAGCAGUCUAUACUUCCACCCAAAGAUUGGACUGAGCGAGAAGAACGUCGGCGCGUUUUCUGGAUGGCAUUCUGCACGGACCGCUAUGCGAGCAUUGGGACUGGCUGGCCAAUGGUCAUUGAUGAGAAUGAUGUAAUGACAAAUCUCCCAGCCUCCGAAGAGUCAUUCUUGAAGAGCAAGCCACAGCGUACGCUUCGUCUAUCUGAUAUUAUUGCAGGCGAAGGAGUGUCUACGUUGUCUCCAUUUGCAUGCGUUUGCGUUCUGUCGAACCUAUUUGGUCGGAAUCUCGUCCACAUCCACCGACCACACCCAAAUGAUAACGAUAAUGACCUUAAUGGCGAGUUCUGGAAACGGCAUCGAAGCCAUGAUAAUAUACUCCUUCAUAUUGCGCUUUCUUUGCCUGACCACCUGCGACUUCCGAGCGGGAUGGAUGAUGUCAAUGUUAUCUUUGCCAACAUGAGCAUUCAUACCUCGACCAUUUGUCUCCACCAAGCCGCAAUAUUCAAGGCUGAAAAGAACAAGAUGCCAAACCAAAUUAUCAUCGAGAGUAAACGGCGAUGUCUCGUGGCAGCAAACCAGAUCUCAAGUAUCAUGAAAAUGGUUAGCCAUAUGGAUCUGUCAAUCUUGAAUCCUUUCAUGUCAUUUUGCCUCUACAUCUCAGCACGGGUGUUUGUACAGUACCUUAAAUCUCGACCUGAUGACUCCACGGUCUAUUCCUCGUUACAAUUUGUUGUCUCGGCUUUGAAUGCUAUGAAAUCCAAGAAUCCUCUGACGGAAUCUUUCCUCGUUCAGCUAGACGUCGAUCUUGAAGGAACUGGGAUACAUGCGCUUUCUAGCUCAAAGAGCGGCACUAGUCAUGUUAUGCAGGCGAUGCAAACAUAUUGUGCUGAAAAAAUGGAGUGCACUCCCUUGUACACUGUUCGUGAAAAUCAAUCUGCAGACUCGAAUAAUGAGGCUCCUCGAAACAACACGAAUAUGAGAGGCUCUGGAGGUCAUGCACAAUCCAGUAUGACCGCAUCACUUCCCCGCCGACAGAAGAGUUCUACGACUUUAGACCUUGAAAGUGGAGCUGGUGGUAAUGGAUCGCAAUAUCUCUUUCCCCACGGAAUACGAUCGGGGAAUGGAAACUCAGACCCAAUUGGUCAGGGCAUCACUGAUGUCGAUAUGGAGUUUUCACCAGAUUUUGGCCUUGGAGACAGGAAUCCACCCUCUGAUCACCCAACACCAUCAACUUUGAACUCGUCUUCUAAUACGUCCUACUCGAUUUCUGGGACAGACAACCCUUCUCCGGAUAAGAAGCCAAAAACAAGCUCUGCAUACCCAUCCCAGAGCUCUGCCACAUCUUUUGACAAGGUCCAUUCAGCCCAUAUUUCCCCUGCAACGGCCGAGUCGUCGCAAGUUCCCGAUAUGAGCUCAUUAUCUGGACAAGUAUAUGCGACCAGCACCGCUAGUCCCCUGGGAGCCACCGCGGCGGCAAAUGCAUUCGCUUUACCUGCUGGAUGGGAUCUGCCCACACCUAAUUCUGGCAAUCCCACCAGCAUUGAUUUUAACAAUCUGAAUGUUGAAUCCUUGAGCGAUGCUCAAUGGGCACAAAUUCUAAAUAACGGAGUUAGUAAUGGCUGGGAGAAUUGGCGCCCAUCGUGA